AACUAGAGGCAGUGACAUCCUGAGGCAUAUUUCACAGAUGACAGGGUUUUUAAGAUACCCCUAGGGGUGUUGGAAUGGCUCAUUUACAUGGAAAAGGCUGCUCGACACCUUAUGCAAAACUUGGAAAGACAAUUGAUUUCUAACAAUUCCAUUUCUGCACCUUAUAUUGGAGGGGUUUUAAUUCUUCCCUUUUUAUUGGUACAACGCAUUGAGCAUGAAAACAGGAACUUUACUACUGAAGAGCUCAGCUGCUCUGCCUGUUUAUUUGCUACCUAAAGUUCCCAUCUUCUGUUUGUGACGUACAGCUGGCGGGUAUGGCAAUAGACGUGAUGUCACAAACUGCAGAUUAUAGCUUCAGGGUUCAUCAGUCAUGGCACAAAGGGCCUUGAAACUUGCCUCAUUGGCAGCAGCUGCUUCUGGCAUCUAUCUGUAUGGAAACAAGUACCUGGAUCCCAAUGAUUUUGGAGUUGUUCGUGUGGGCCGAGCCAUUGCCACAACGGCAGUUAUCACCUAUGACUACCUUACCUCUCUUCGGAGUGUCCCAUACGGAUCAGAGGAGUAUGACUUCCUCAAAUCACAGGUGCACCUGCGCUCUGCUGAGCGCCUCCGAGAGCUGUGCUGCGCCAACCGAGGCACCUUCAUCAAGGUGGGUCAGCACCUGGGAGCACUUGACUACCUGCUGCCUGAGGAGUACACCCGCACCCUCAAAGUGCUGCACAGCCAGGCCCCGCAGAGCACCAGGCAGGAGAUUGAGCAAGUUAUCCGUGAAGAUCUGGGCAAAGAGGUUCUUCUCUUGGUUGUGAAGCAGAUCUUUCCAGAUUUUGAGUUCAUGUGGCUGGUGGAAGAAGCUAAGAAGAAUCUGCCCUUGGAGCUGGAUUUCCUCAAUGAAGGCAGAAAUGCUGAGAGGGUUGCUCAUAUGCUCAAGAACUUUGACUUCCUGAAGGUCCCCAGGAUCUACUGGGAGCUCUCAACAAGGCGCGUCCUUCUCAUGGAGUUUAUGGAAGGGGGGCAGGUGAACGACAGGGCCUACAUGGAGAGGAAUGGCAUCAAUGUCAAUGAGAUCUCUCGAAACCUGGGAAAGCUUUACAGUGAAAUGAUAUUUGUGAAUGGAUUUGUGCACUGUGACCCACACCCAGGCAAUGUGCUAGUGAAGAAAUGCCCAGCCUCUGGCAAGGCCCACAUCAUCCUCCUGGACCAUGGGCUCUACCAGGUGCUGAGCGAGUCAUUCCGCAUGGACUACUGCCGCCUUUGGCAAGCCCUUAUUAAGGCUGAUAUGAAGCGGGUGCAGAAGUACAGCCGGCGGCUUGGGGCAGGGGAUUUGUACCCUCUUUUCGCCUGCAUGCUGACUGCCAGAUCCUGGGAGUCUGUCAACAGGGGCAUUGACCGAUCGCCAGUCUCAGCCAGCGAGGAUGUGGAGAUCCGGUCCAACGCUGCUGCUUACCUACCCCAGAUCACCCAGCUUCUCAACAAUGUCCCUCGCCAGAUGCUGCUGCUUCUGAAGACCAAUGACUUGUUAAGGGGGAUUGAGUCAGCCCUGCACACACGGGCCAGUGCCAGCUCUUUCCUCAACAUGUCUCGCUGCUGCAUCAGAGCCGUUUCCAUGUACCAGAGGAGCAGGAGCCAUUCACUUUAUAGAAGAGCCCAGAUCUCACUCACAGAAGCCCUGAGCCUGUGGCAGAUCAACUUGUAUGAACUCUUCCUGUGGCUGAAGGGGUCCCAGCUGGGGAACUGGGUCACUGCUCUCCUGAGCUGGAUGCACCAUUCCACAUACUGACAUGAACUGGUGGGAGAGGCCUGACUGCUCCCUCUGUCCCUUCUCUCCACAGCACAUUUGCCUUUCUGACUGUUUCUGUCUAUUCUGUGGGCUAUUCUGGGGUUUUCUUCCAAGUUAUAUCUGCACUCACUGUCCUUGCUUGUUACAGCAUUAGCUUUCUCUGUGGCACUGAGAGCUGGAGUCAGUACCGGAGCUCUGCUGUUUCAUGGUAUAGGAAAAAGAGGUGCAGGUUUCCAUGUGUCUGGAAGGGCAGGGUACUUUUAUUCCCCAUCUGAUCAGGGGACAUUCCACUCAGAUUCCAGUGGGACUGUGCUGGAAGCAAAAGCCUCUCCUUGGCUCACUCUUAAACAAUCUUACAGAAUUUAAGAGAAUUCCAACUCUGCCUAGAAUGCCCCAAAACAUUUCUCAGACCCUCAGAGAGAGGUUAGUAAGUCUGUUUAAAAUCCAAUAGAGUUUAUAUAAGUUUUUGCAGUCUCCUUAGUCUGAUUUCUGUUCAGGUGUGCAGAUAGUUUCUCAGAGGAGUUGAGACCUUGUAGAGAGCUGGCAAUAAGCUUUCCUCUCCCAGCACCAGGGAAAGGGGACUGUAAUGGUGAGAGUGGUGGACUGGGAGUUGGGCUUUUUGAGGUUCACCUCCAGUCCAGUCAGCAAGUGCCUCUGUGUUUUUGGACUUCUUGGCCUGUUUCCUUGCAGGUGAAAUGGAUGAAGGGGACAGUGGUUCUGCCUCUUUACCAAAAUUCAGGCAAGGCAGGGGGAAUGACAACUCAGUGCUCUGAAACUGCUGGUAAUGUAAUGUGUUCUGUACAGUACUGCCACACAGCAAAAUAAAUGUGUUGUAUCGAAGACCUUUGUGGGAGGGAUGCUUGCCUGUGCACUCAGGGUGACAUUUGGACCUCUAACCUCAGUCCUGUUUCCACUUCUCCACUGAGUGAGUGAUGUCAGGCAGUGCUGUUAACUCCUUGCAAGCCAAAUGAAACCUCUUCCUAAGAGGUUUGUUCCACAUGAGUCCUCUUGUGCUGCAUCAGAUGUGUGUUGGCAUACGAUGGAGAAGCAGGUGUCAUUCUGCUGGGAAGACACACUACUCUUUGCCACCUGGAUCCACGCUGAGCCUGCUUCCUCCUUUCCUGUGGGAGCCUGCUGCAGCGCAUGUGUGAGAUGUCACCAUCCCCGUGCCACUCACUGAACAUUUCACCUAAUCCCUGCCUGUGAUGUUUCACUGCUUCUG